AUGGUCCAAACGAUCGAUGGACACGUCCCCAACUACGUUAACCCAGCAACCCGAGUACCUGAGUUUCUGGGCGUGCAGAUCUCUCUGACAGUGCUUGCUCUGAUAAUUGUGCUACUACGGGUCUACACGAGGAAGUUCAUGCGAAACGUCUUUGGCAUCGAGGACUGGCUUACCAUUCUGGCGAUAUUCCUUCUCUGCGUAGCCACAAUAUGCUCUGGUUUGGGUGUUAUAGGUGGAACCGGACUGCACUAUUAUGACCUCCCAAAGACCGUGAACAAGCGACUCGCUGCGUCGGCUUCAUUCGCAAAUCAAGUACUGUACCAACCAGUACUAUGCUUGACGAAAAUCUCAAUCUCGAUGUUCUACAUUUCCACCUUCGGCGCCAAAAUCAAGAAGCCAUGUCAAGCGAUCAUCGGCUUUUCUAUCUUAUUCCUGAUCGCGUGCACUGUCGUCGAGUUCACUCAGUGCCGGCCUCCAGACAUGCUCUGGAACGGGACACGGCCCAAGGGAUACAAAUGCAUCAACCAGCCAAUGUUCUUCAAAGUCACCGGCUUCAUCAGCCUGGCGAUCGACCUUGCAAUUUUCAUAGUUCCGCUUCCAGUGGUUUGGACUCUGAACGCUCCCGCCAGGACCCGACUCGCCUUAGUCCUCAUCUUCAGCGUUGGACUGGUGUCAAUGGGCGCUGAAGUCGCGCGGCUGGUAAUUUGGUUCCAUAAGAACGAUGGCAACAGGCAGAACCCUGACUCAACCUGGAACCGCGUCGACAUCGUCGACUGGUCCUGCAUCGAGCAAGCCACGGGCAUCAUCUGCGCCUCGCUCCCGCACCUCAAAGCCCUCUUCGCCAAAUACAUGCCCGGCCUGGUCGACAGCCUCAUCCGCUCCUCCAGGGGCGGCUCCGGCGCGCUCGGCUACGGCAAGAAGAGCAGCACCAACACCUCCCACAUCAUCUCCUCUCCAAACCCCAAGGACUUCAAGAUCGGCGACGCAGACAACACGCCCAGCAGCCACCGCUUCAGCCAGCUCAAAGACGACAACUCCGAGGAGUACAUGCUGGACACGAUUGGCGGGCCGAGCGGCGCGAGAGAGAAGAAGACGUCGGCGAUCAUCAGGACGACAGAGUGGAGUGUUACGGAUCGCUGA